AUGGAGUUCUUAGACAAAAUAAAAAGUUUGAUUGAACCGCCGAAGUAUGAUAUGUUCACUUCGGCGUCUUCAAAAACAAACAAUCCGGAUCUCUUGGAGGAGUACUACAAAACAGUAUCCAAUGACCCCAACCAACAGGGCAAACCUGACCCUAAUAAACCGCAACAGCCCGUGGGCCAGAUGUACCCUAUGCAACAGAAUGUUGGUUAUCCCCUGUCACACGCUGUGCAACCUGGACAGUCAGCACAGCCAUAUGAUCCGAACCAGCCAUAUCCUGGCCAACAGUACCCGCAGACGGGUCUUAUUCAGCCAUUGCCGAGCCACGGAACUCCACAACACCAGGGCAAUGUUCAGUACCAACCGCCGUACCAGCCAGGACACCUAGGCCAACCUGGGCACUUUCAGGGGGAAGCUCCACCAGGACAGCAAGGCCAGUUCCAGGACCAGGGUCCAAUUCAACGAGGCCAAGAACAACAUCUACAUUCCCAGAACCAACUCAAUCAAAGCGGACAGUUCCAGGGUCAGAACCAACUUAGUCAAAGUGGAAACUUCGCAGGUCAAAAUCUACAAGGUCAGAGUGGACACUACCAAGGUCAAAACCAGCUCGGCCAAAGUGAUCAGUUUCAAGGACACAAUCAGUUUGGCGAAAGUGGGCAAUUCCUGGGGCAACACCAACUUGGAGGGGGCUUCCAUAACCCAGCUUACCAGCCCGCAAAUGUCGGUCUCGAUCCAAACAGGGCCUACCCCGCUGAUGUGAACAGGCUCCACCCCUCAGACCGCGGCCAUCCCGAUCAUAGGAUGAACAGGGGUCUAGGGCCUGGUGACCACUCGAGAAACAACUCACCCAACUUGAAUCGGCCAUAUCACUACGAUCAACAUGGAAGGUAG